CGUGCGUUCAUCAAGGAAAGUCAUGGAAACGACGUUAGCCUUCUCAACCCCAUAAAUGACGCUGACCUUCUGAAUUCUUCCCCUUUGCGACGGGACUUUUGAAAGAGACGCCAGAAGAAGCAUUUUGAGCCUCUGAAGGUUUGAGCUUGUCGAGAAGUCUGCUAGCAAAACUUGUUAAAGAAGCACUUGCUGAAAUACGCACUUGCUGAAGAAGCCCGUGGUUAACCAACCUGCGAAAGACGGUUCCUGGCCAGGAGAAGCACCAGCAGGGAGAUCGGCUGGAAGCCCAUACCAUGGCGCUUCCAGCAGAUGGAUCCCCAACGUUGGAGGGACAUCCAGACAACGGUAAGAAACACGGUAAGGUGUGGUUAAAUGAAGCCGAUGUGGUUUCUAAAGACCAUGGAGAGGAGUUGAGGUAUAGUUCAGCUCCCCAGUCUGUAGACUGUUCUACCAGCUUUAGUGGAGACGAGGUAGGUAAUGAAGACCAGGAUGACUUGYGUCCAGAGAAGUCCAGACCUAUCGGUACCCUGCAACAUCAUCAAGUAGGUUUGGAAGAGGACGCUGUUUCUUUGACUUCUGGUCACUCCAGGAAAACUACACAGAAAGUGGAUUCUGCGAAGGAGGACGACCCACCAUCAAAGCUUAGUUCUGGUGCCGUGCUUCUUUCCAGCUUUAAAUUCACAUCUGGACUUGAGAAAAAGCAAGAGUCAAUUUUGCGUCCAGAGAAGUCCAGACCUAUCACUACCUUGCAACGUCAUGAGGUAGGUUUGGAAGAGAAGGGGGCUUCUUUGACUUCCAGACGCGCCAGAAGAAUAACGGAUAUGGUGUAUGCUGUGAAGCAGGAAGACCCACCAUCAAAGCUUAGUUUUGGUACCGUGCUUCCUUCCAGCUUUAAUUUCACAUCUGGACUUGACAAACAGGAAGAGCCAAUUUUGCGUCCAGAGGACUCCGGACCAAUUGGUAUCUCACAACAACCUCUGGGGGGCUGGAAAAAUUUAGUGGCUUCUUUGACUUUUGGCCGCACCAGAAGAGCUACAAAGAAGGUGGAUACUGCAAAGGCCGACGACCCUUCAUCAAAACCUAGUCAUCAGGUAGGUUUGAAAGAGGACGCGGCUCAUGUGACAUCUGUGAUUGGCAUAAACGGGAAGAGGAGAAAGGAYAGUGAUSCUGAAGAGCAGCCCCCAACCAAGAGGAUCAGGRAGAACCAAGCUGAUGAURAGCUCCCCUCCAAGAGGACUAGGGACACUGUUGCUAAAGAGGAGCCCCCUGCCAAGAGGACCAAGGUCGGUCUUCCUCCAAGUGGUGAUCUCUUUUCAGCUUUUCGGGGRCGUCCUCUUGCUGAAAAGGACUUCCCUGCCAAGAGGACCAGGGACAGUGUUGCUAAAGAGGAGCCCCCUGCCAAGAGGACCAGGGACAGUGUUGCUAAAGAGGAGCCCCCUGCCAAGAGGACCAGGGACAGUGUUGCUAACGUGUUGAAAUCGUGUAAGGAUGCUGGACUGUCACCCCCCGUCCUCAGACCCUCUUGUAAAAUGGCGCGUAAACGUCCUAUUUUGUCAUCCCCCGUCCUCAGUCCCUCACCAUUGACGCACUGUGAAGAUCCCAUUAUGUCACCCCGUGUUUUCAGUCCCCCACCAAGGAUGCUAUGUGACACGGAAGAGGACCCAAAACCUUCAACAUCUAGUGGAAUUACAGCARGAGAGAGUUCCAGACACGUGUGGUUUAGACCUCGCUACGUCYCGUCAAGUGACUCUGAGUAGAUUGGGAUCCGUAAAAACUGAAGACCUAUUUGAGAAGUCACAUUAGGACUUUAUCAUUUCUCUUCGGUUUUUAUUAAAGCCAAUGGCUUUCUUGCAAGCCUGUGGAAGCUUAGGUAGCACCUUGCACCGGGGCUCUUCUUUAUCCCUCUGCUAGAUUUAGCAUUUUAGAUGUUAAGGAUUCUGGCAGGACUGAGGAAGCCUUAGGUAGCUCCUUGCACCGGGGCUUUUCUUCAUCCUGCUGCUAGAUUUAGUAUUUUAGAUGGUAAAGUUCUGGCAGGACUGAGGAAGCCUUGGGUAGCGCCGUGCACCGGGCUUUUCGUCAUCUUUGCAUUUUCCUCUCUACUCCCCCAUGUUUCAGGGUGUGACAGUGGUGCUUCCCUACACAGUGCUCUCCAGUAUAAUAAAUUAUUCUAUCCUGUUCCUUAACUAAUCCACUCUCCAAGUUUUUAAUCUUUCAGGUUGUAGCUGCUCAUCGCUGGRUCCUUUCGUCGUUGUCCAUGUGGUUCCUGCCUUCUGGAUCUCUUGUUUUUCACACUGCUUGUUGGAUCUCCUCAGCCUGUAAACCUCCACCGUCACCACCGCCUGUCAGAUGGAGGUAGAUAAGAGAACCCAGUUGACAAAAAAA